AUGCGCUUCCUGCACCCCAUGCACCCCAUGUGCCCCAUGCACCUCGUGCACCCCAUGAACUUCCUGCAGCCCAUGCACCCCAUGCGCCCCAUGUGCCCCAUGUGCUUCCUGCACCCCAUGCGCUUCCUGCACCCCAUGCACCCCAUGCGCCCCAUGCACCCCAUGCGCCUCGUGCACCCCAUGUGCUUCCUGCACCCCAUGCACCCUGUGCCAUCUGUGAACCCCAUGUGCCCCGUGUGCUUCCUGCACCCCAUGCGCUUCCUGCACCCCAUGCACCCCGUGCACCCCAUGCGCCCCGUGUGCUUCCUGCACCCCAUGCGCCCCAUGCACUUCCUGCACCUCAUGCCAUCUGUGCACCCCAUGCACCCUGUGCAUCCCAUGCGCCCCGUGUGCUUCCUGCACCCCAUGCACCCUGUGCCAUCUGUGAACCCCAUGCGCCCCGUGCACCCCAUGCACUCCAUGCGCUUCCUGCACCCCGUGCACCCCAUGCGCCCCAUGCGCUUCCUGCACCCCAUGCGCUUCCUGCACCCCAUGCGCCCCAUUCCCGUGCACCCCGUGCAUCCCAUGCACCCCAUGCACUUCAUGCACCCCAUGCCUCCCAUGUACCCCAUGUGCUUCCUGCACCCCAUGCACCCCAUGCGCCCCAUGUGCUUCAUGCUCCCCAUGCAGCCCAUGGGCUGCAUCACCACCGCCGCCGGGGGUGCCCCUGAGGCUGGGGGGGGUCUCGUGGGGGCGCAGGAAGGGUCCCCCGGCCCGCAGGACCAGCAUGGAGUUGGCACCACGGCCACGGAGCGCGU